UGAAAUAGUCACAGCAGAGGGAGCCCGGCUGCUGGGCUCUCACCAGGUUUAUCCCUUCCAGCCGCUACCUGGAAGCUCGUGUUGUCGAGGGAUAACAAAAAAGUCCCCUUCUUAAACCUCGCACGACUUGUGAUCUCCCAGGGCUGUACACACAGCGCAGACAGACACGUAAAGCCAAUAGAAAGACUCAGGCUGCAGAGAUGUUGAAGCCCGGCGACCCAGGCGGAUCUGCUUUCCUGAAGGUGGAUCCAGCUUAUCUCCAGCACUGGCAGCAGCUGUUCCCGCAGAGCAGCCAGCUCAAGAGCAGCGGGGCCCUCACCCAGCUCCCGCCGCCCGAGAGAGCGGAUCCCUCGGCUGGCAGCCUCCGCCAGCGCCCAGCCUCUCUCUCCUCCGCUUCUUCUUCCUCCUCUUCGUCCACCCCAUCUUCUUCUACCUCCUCUUGCGCCGCCUCCGCCGCUUCCCUGGCCGGGCUGACCUCCAUCUCUGUGGCCCAGAUUCCCGUCUUUGGGCCGCUACCGAGCUCCGAGUCCCCCUCCGGAGCGCCGGCCUCCCUGCAGAGCAAAGACUUGUGCGGCGGGGGCGCCAAGUGCAGCGAGCGGGCUGCGCCCAGGUUUCGAUGUACGGCAGAGGAGCUGGACUAUUACCUCUAUGGACAGCAACGCAUGGAGAUCAUCCCCCUGAACCAGCACACCAGUGACCCCAACAACCGAUGUGACAUGUGUGCUGAUAAUCGCAAUGGUGAGUGCCCCAUGCAUGGGCCACUUCACUCUCUGCGCCGCCUAGUGGGCACUAGUAGUGCUGCAGCCGCAGCACCUCCACCUGAGAUCCCUGAAUGGCUCAGGGACCUCCCCCGGGAAGUGUGUCUGUGUACCAGCACUGUGCCUGGUCUGGCCUAUGGCAUCUGCGCUGCUCAGAGGAUCCAGCAGGGCACCUGGAUUGGGCCUUUCCAGGGAGUUGUCCUUCUGCCGGAGAAGGUUCAAACGGGAGCCAUCAGGAACACUCAGCACCUCUGGGAAAUAUAUGACCAAGAUGGGACACUGCAGCACUUUAUUGAUGGCGGGGAACCCAGUAAGUCAAGUUGGAUGAGGUAUAUCCGAUGUGCAAGGCAUUGUGGGGAGCAGAACCUAACAGUAGUUCAGUACAGGUCAAAUAUAUUCUACAGGGCCUGUAUAGAUAUCCCCAGAGGCACCGAACUGCUGGUGUGGUACAAUGACAGCUACACAUCUUUCUUUGGAAUCCCUUUACAGUGUAUUGCACAGGAUGAAAACUUGAAUGUCCCUUCAACUGUAAUGGAGGCCAUGUCCAGACCAGACACCCUACAGCCAUUUAACAAAAGUAGCAAACUCCCCCCUGCCACACCACAGCGAUCCAUAGUAUUUCCACAGACUCCAUGUAGCAGAAAUUUUUCUCUUCUGGAUAAGUCUGGGCCUAUCGAGUCAGGAUUUAACCAGAUCAAUGUCAAAAACCAGCGAGUUCUUGCAAGCCCAACGUCAACGAGCCAAUUAAAUUCUGAGUUCAGUGACUGGCACCUUUGGAAAUGUGGGCAAUGCUUUAAGACUUUCACCCAGCGGAUCCUCUUACAGAUGCACGUGUGUACGCAGAACCCUGACAGAAAUUCCCAACAAUCCCAUUUGGGGGGCUCCAGAAAGGGACCCUAUCAGUGUGGCCACUGCUCCCAAUCCUUCUCCCAACCUUCAGAACUAAGGAACCACGUAGUCACCCAUUCCAGUGACAGACCUUUCAAGUGCGGCUAUUGUGGUCGUGCCUUUGCUGGUGCUACAACACUCAACAAUCAUAUCCGGACGCAUACAGGGGAAAAACCCUUUAAGUGCGAGAGAUGUGAGAGGAGCUUCACACAAGCCACCCAGCUGAGUCGACACCAGAGGAUGCCCAAUGAGUGCAAGCCAAUAACAGAGAGCACAGAAUCAAUUGAAGUGGAUUAACUGAUUGACUGGUUGGAAUUAAACUGCAAGGAAAGUCAUGAUUAAAUGUCACGGACACUUAAGCAAAACCAAAGAUUUCCUCUGAGCAACUUUCAAUCAGUCCCAGAAAACCAAAAGCAGUAAUAAAAUAAGUAAGAUGUUAGGAGAUAUUGAUCCUGGCAUGGAAGUAAGACCAGGAAAGAGAUUAUUUAUUUAUGACUAGGGAUCAGACUUGUUUCAAUGGACAAAUAACCUGGGACUGCUAACAUUUCAAGUCCCACCAUGUAUUGCUUUAUUUCUAAAAGCAUUUAUAAUUGUUAUUUAAUACCAAAGCGAGGAAUCUCAAGGGUUCUUCUGCCUAUAGUUAUGACUGCGAAUGCACAAGGACUUGUUUAUUGUUGCACCUUUUUUUGGAGCAUGAUUCAAAGGACCCAGAAAUAGUCCUUAUAUUUGGUUGGGUUAGUCUUGACAUAGCUAUAAUAGAAAUUCUUGUGUCCGAAUGGUGCAAUGGAAAGUGAUCUAAAACCAUAUCUGAAUCAGUGUCCAGUUCCUCAGACCAAAGGACAUUUCAUUUCAUGGUUCCAAACUUUACAUUUUUGCACACUUUUUCCAUGUACAUGGUUUCCUUACACAAUUUUGUCCUGGUACAAAGUUCCUGGAAAACCAAACAGGAAAUGUUUUUCAUGUCUAUCGAUAUACAGUUGUGUAAGACUAUCAGCAAGGAAAAUACUGUAACACAUAGAGCUUUGAAACACAAUAUCAGUGUUUAAAAAGAGAGAAAGUGUUUUCAUUAAAACUCUAAUGUUAAUAAAUUCUCUAUCUGAAAGUCCUACAGUGAGAAGCAAAACAAAAAGGAUUAGAUUUUAUUUGGGAGGUUGAUGUAAUGAUUUGUUAAUCAGAAGUCUACUGUAGCCUAUUUUAUGGUGUCCAGAUAUUUGUACCUUAUUGCAGGUUCAUUUGAAAGCAAUCCCAGCUCACUUGACACUUUCAACAAACUCAGCCAGUUUCAAGAUUGUAAGAGAACCUAAAUCCAGGUGUCCUGUGUGUGGCUGCAUUACAGUCACUUUAGAGAGCUCUGCGUAAUUUUCAUUCAAGCCAAGAUCUUAAUUCCCAUUAAUGCUAAUGGGAGUUUAUACACACUUACCAAGAAAAGAAGUGUCCACAUAAAGAUAUAUAGACAAUAAUAUAGAGUACAUAGUGUGUGCAUACAGGAAAGGCUAAACACCUUCAGACUAUAUACUUUUUGAACAGACAUAACUAAUGCAAUGUGUUUUUAUUGGCAGUUGCACACAUUAGGUGAAAUCCUGCCCCACUGGAGACAAUGAGAAUGUUGCCACUGAUUCAGCAGGGCCAGGAUUUUAAGCGGUACUCCUUAAAGCAUUCAGGAUUAAAAUAUAUCCCUCUGAAUCCAGUUCAUACUUUUUUAAAAAAAGAGUAAAUAUUUAUGUGUAAGUAAAGUGGUUACAUAUUACUCACCUUUAAAGCAAUGAUUAGUCUCCUGAGUUGGUAGGCACUGCUGCAACUGUCAUAUCAUCUCAUCAGAUAUUAGGCAGCAUGCCCUCAUCAGUUUCAAUGUUGACUUCUGCUCAAAAACAAGAUUGUGCAAAGCACUGCCUCUUUAAAUCAAACACCAUCAGACAGGACUACUAACCUUUCUUUCCACACAGCUCUCUUGAUAUUUCUAUGUGUUAUUCUAAGAUGGUAAAGAAACAUGAGUGCACGGCAACCUAGAGCAGAGGUAAUCAGAGAAAAGCUGGAUCUUGACUUCCUAACCUUAUUUAUAAAUACAAGGCGUGAAUAUUGGCCUAACUGAAGUCAAUGGCAAUACUCCUGUUAACUUCAAUGAACCCAGGAUUUCACCCAGUAUACAGUGCACAAGGCUUUCUUCAACAGCUACGUGCACAUUGGGAUCCCACUAGGAAAACGAGUGUCCUACCUACUUUGGAGCUUGUACUCACAGGAAUGUGGAAUUCCAGUGCUGGAGAAGGGAGAGUUUAGAAAAAAAGGAGGUGCUAUUGGCAAAUGAAGGGGAAUAAGAUAAUAGAAACAACCUAUUCCUAAGUCUGGCCUAUUUUUUGGUGUAACAUCUUGCUUUUGUUAAGAACUCUCCCAGUUUGUCGUCAUUGUAUUUCAAGAAAUUACUGGUCAUUUGUAGCCAUGUGUUCUUCCUAUCUUAUUGCUGGCAAUACUACACACCAUAACAGUUCACAGUCAAGACGCUCUAUUUGUUAGUUUCUAUAUUAUUUUUUAGUGUUUCAUCCACACUGGUGUGGUCUUGCAUUAAUGGCUGUCUGAAGUAUUCACAGCAUCAUUUAAAAACCUCAACAAUUCUUUAAAUGGGUUCAGUUUAACAAACAAGGCUGAAUUUUCUGGGCUAAUUUUCACUUAAAAAUGGUCUCUUUUCAAAGAUAAACCUUGACGUGUUUUAAUUUCAUAAUUUUGUUUAAUAAAAGAUCAAUUUUCAUAUUUAAUAUUUUAAAAUGUUCUCCAUUUCAUUGCAAACACUGCAAUUUUAAGAUAAUGGGAUGGAGCCAGUUUUGGAGGUCUUGCUAUGUCAUGGAGGCAAAAUUGUAAUUUUGUUUUGUGAAAUUUUGUGAUGAAAAAUAGAGUCAUUCUUUUUGCCUGGUCCUAAUUUUCAAGUUGUUUAUAAGUACUCAAUUACAAAAUCAGAAAGUAGCAGAAAUCUAGUAAAAAGGCAUUUUCCACUUGAGUUUUCUAGCCCUGUUUCUAGGCUAAAGAAAUUUGGAUAAGCUUGAGUAAGAGUCCAACUUUAUGGAUGCUUAUCCAGAUUUAUCCUUUGAAUUAUUUGAGGUUCUAGUCUAGUAUUCAUCUGAUUUUCUAUAGGAUGAAAGCCAGAUAACAUGGAUAGCUAGGUAUCAAAUAUUACAAUUUAAAGGUCAGAAUUUAGGCAUCACUUUUUUCACAGUGGUGAUUGGCUUAAGCAGCAAAGUUCAGAAACAAAUCUGUAUUUUCCUAACAUUUGGGAGUGUUUGGAUUGGGGACAGCUAUACUUUAGAGACACCAGAACUGCUUCUAAACCUUUUAGCACAUUUCUGGUGGUACCGUGAUGCACACACAUUAUUCUAGUUUAGUAAUGAAAUAAUCCCAAUAUAAUGCAACAGUUCUAUCAUCACUUGAACAGAGCAAGACUCUCCUCACUAUUGUAAAUUAUGGAAUUAUUUCAUCAUAAACUGCAGAAAUAAGUAGGUUUUGCAUCUUAGGUAAGAAAUGAGAUAUGCUAAACUCUGAUAGGCAAAUGUGAGCUACAUGUUGUAUCAGCUAACUGUGAUUUUGUAUUAUCAAGGUAUUCUCUUCUUUUUCUAUGAGGUGAAAUCAGUGGUAGUUCAGAGCACUCAGUAUCUCACAAGGUCAGGCUUAUGCUUUGCGGUAGUUGUUAAGGGCCAGUUCAGAAAAGUACUUAAAGUUGUGCAUAACUCCAUUGCUGAAAAGUGACGGCCUUAAUCACGUGCUUAUAAUUGCGCUAAAGUGCUUUCUUGGAUGUGGCCCAAAAGAUUUGAAGACUAACUGCUUUCUUUUAGGAGUUUGUUGGGAUUUGUUUUUAAACAUACCAGUGAAAAGCAUAAUUUUUGCAGGAAUUAUUUUGUACUUCCAAAGGACAUUUUAUUGUAUUUGCUCAUUUUAUUCAUUAUGUUGUGCCUGAUUUUCAAGCACAUUUUUAAUUAUUGCAUUGCCGCUUUACUAAGGCACUUUCACAAUAUAGUUGGCAGCAUACAAAUGCAACUGAGUGCAAAAAAAGUGUGAUUUCAGAGUGGGUGUUUCGCUCUCAAGUUAUUCAGUGCAACAGUGUGCAUCUAUUACAAUAUAGUAAAUGUAAAACUGUCCUUGAGAGUAUUGACAAGCUAAAACGCAUCCUAAAUUGAACUAAACAAAAUCUAGUUGCUUUCUACUCUUACUGAAUGCUGAGUGAGUUUCUUUUUGGGUAUCGAUGUAGUAAUUAUGCAUUUGGGUCCAUUAAGGAUAUAAUCUUAUAUGCUUGAACACAGUGAAUUAAAACAGUAAGUAAAGUAUGAUUACCUCAGACAGUAGUAAUUAUAUGCCUACCAUUUCUGAAUUUCUUAAACUGUUGAGAUAUCCCUUUUGAAGUUUGGUAAAUAUGUACAAGUAUAACAUUCUUCUAAUACUGAAAAAUCCAAAAUCUUUUACAAUAUAUCUAGAAUUGUGUACAUUUCUAAUGUUCACAUACACACAGAAUGAAGUCUCUUUCUCUCCCUCACACAUGCUUCUUAGGGAAGCGUCAAGCUCCUUAAGAAAUCACAGUUGACAAAUAAUAUAAACUUCUAAAAUACCAAAAUGAUUGUUUUCUUUUGAACAAGAACAGAGCUUUGAGCAAUGUAAUAACAACAGCACAUUAGAUACUAAAAACACAAAGGCUAUGAUGUGUGGAUCUGUUACUUUCUUUGGUAUACUUGUCUCUUUUUAAAAUUAUUUAUCACUUGUAUGGUGCCAUUAGGGUAUAUGGCUGUCUGAUAUGUGCCAAACAGAUGUGGUUUCUAAAUGAUAAAUAUUUGAAAAUAAAGAAGUGAUAAAAGUCAUCACUACUUUUGAAAGUUAUGUAUUGCUAUGACUUAUUUUAAAUUUAUCAUUAGUGCACUUUUUUGUUGCAUCCAAAUACCUUCUGUGUAUGAGUUUCCAUAAAAUAAAACAUUUUGAGAUUGUGCUGUCUUUUUCCUCUGAUUUGUCUCAUUUUUGAAAGCUCAGACAUCAUCAAGCCAAUCUACAAAAGGGCAAAUAGCCAUGCAGUAAGUGUACAGUAUGCUGGAAGGGUCCUUUGUUGUAAUAAGAAUAAUAAUGGCACUGUACUUAGAAUGGUAAACAGCUUGCUUGCAUUUUUUAAACAUCGUAAAAUUGCGUCUUUUUUUACUGCAAAGGACCAAUUAAGUCAUGCAUGUAGCUUUAUUCUUUGAUAUAAACUGUAAAGAUUACCAGUGUUUAAAUGAAAAAGGCACACAUUUAAA